AUGGCUCUAAAAGCCCUCACGGUCCUGUUCGUUGCACCGGAGGUCAACCCAGCCAACCGGAAAGCGACAUCCAUUCCAGUUCUCAACCCGUUCAAUCAAUAUGGCCGUGUGUUCUUCUUCUCAUGGAUGGGCUUCAUGGUGGCAUUCCUCUCUUGGUAUGCCUUUCCUCCGCUGUUGACCGUCACGAUCAAGAAAGAUUUGCACAUGAGCCAGACAGAAGUAGCCAACUCGAAUAUCGUCGCACUGCUGGCAACCUUCCUGGUUCGAUUUAUCGCCGGACCUCUUUGUGAUCGCUUUGGACCUCGCUUGGUCUUCGUGGGACUCCUCCUUGCCGGUUCACUUCCCACGGCCAUGGCGGGUCUUGUGACCACCCCCCAGGGCUUGAUUGCUCUGCGCUUCUUCAUCGGGAUCCUCGGCGGCACGUUUGUUCCUUGCCAGGUGUGGUGCACGGGUUUCUUCGACAAGAAGAUCGUGGGGACAGCCAACUCGCUCGCAGGAGGCUGGGGUAAUGCCGGAGGUGGAAUCACAUAUUUCGUCAUGCCUGCCAUUUUCGACUCCCUCGUUUCCGCUCGAGGCAUGUCGGCACACACGGCCUGGCGGGUCGCUUACGUCGUUCCCUUUAUUAUCAUUGUCUCCGUCGCCCUGGGCAUGUUGUUCCUCUGUGAGGACACCCCCACUGGAAAGUGGGCAGAUCGUCAUCUCUGGAUGGAAAAGGCGCCCGCCACGCAGUCUCCCCUGGAAGGCAAGGUCGUCGACCUUGCAUCCGGUGUCUCUUCCAGUGGUCCGUCGACCACCCCGUCGCUGUACAACAUGGGGCUAGACGACAUCGAGAAAAAGGGGGCCCAGUCUCCGCGCACCGUCGAAAAAGACCCCUCGUCAAUGGGACAGAUCACCACACUCCAGCCGGAUACUGUCGUGGCGCCGACCCGCAAAGAAGCUCUGAGCGUGGCAUUCAGUCUCCCCACCGUCGCUCUUGCAGUCCCCUAUGCCUGUUCGUUUGGCUCGGAGCUGGCGAUCAAUUCUAUCCUGGGCACCUAUUUUGAGAAGAACUUCCCGCACAUGGGACAGACAAAGACCGGCCAGUGGGCUGCGAUGUUUGGCUUAUUGAAUGUGGUUUUUCGGCCGGUUGGUGGCUUGUUGGGUGACUUCUUGUAUCGAUCGACGGGCAGCUUGUGGUCCAAGAAGCUCCUUCUCACCUCGCUGGGCUUGCUCAUGGGCGCUUUUGAACUUGCCAUUGGAUUUUCCAAUCCCAAGAGUGAAGCCACCAUGUUUGGACUCAUUGGUGGAUUGGCCUUGUUCUUGGAGGCUUGUAAUGGGGCCAAUUUCGCCUUGGUGCCCCAUGUGCAUCCAUAUGCAAAUGGUAUCGUGUCAGGUAUCGUCGGAGGCUUCGGGAACCUGGGGGGUAUCGUCUUUGCCAUCAUUUUCAGAUAUCAUGGAUCCGACUAUGCCAAGUCCCUCUGGAUCAUCGGAGCAAUUUCUUUGGCGGCCAAUCUGGCGCUCAGCUGGGUUCGUCCCGUUCCCAAAACCCCAGCGAUCACUGCUCAGUGA